AUUGAACCUGCUUACAAAAACUCGUUCCCUUCUUCCUUUGUCUCCUUGGCCGUUGUGAGCUUCAGGCAGGGAUCAGUCAUCAACACCAUAGAACUUAAGUUUGUAAACUCAUCUGCUCCAAAUUACACUGAAAUUAGAAGUGUUUUGAUCAGUACAGCAUCAAACGUGACAGGCUUUGACAUCGAAAGGGCCUCCAUCACUUUAAAUGUUUUAUGUCCAGUUUGUCCUCAUUUUAAAUCUACCACAGUGAUCCCAACAACUACCACAGUUACCCCAACAACAAACACAACACCAUCAACUACAUCUGCUGCAACAACACCAACAUCUGCUCCAACAACUACCACAGUUACCCCAACAACAAACACAACACCAUCAACUACUACAUCUGCUGCAACAACAACAACAUCUGCUCCAACAACUACCACAGUGAUCCCAACAACAAACACAACAACAUCAACGACCACAGCUACUCCAACCACUAUCACAACUACAAAAGCUCCGACUGCACCUGUCCAAGUUUUUCUGUUUCUACAGUUCCUUGAACCAUAUGUACCUGAACUCACAGACCCCACCAGCAGUGUAUAUCAAGAUCGCAAAAGACGAGUUGAAGAGACGUGUGAUAAAAUCUACAAAUCAAAAUUUCUUUUCUUCAUCCGUGCCAUUGUCAUUGGGUUCAGUCUUGUUAGAGUCCAAACACGAGUGGAUAGAACUGAGACACAGGUGGAGCUUGUGUUCAAUCAAACAGCACCCAAUGCACAAGUCCCAAAUAAUACUACUAUUAUUCAAACUAUGAAACAGGCUAUUAACAGUUCCAACAGCAAUUUCAGUAUUGCCAUAGUUCCUGACACUAUAUCAGUAACUUCUGUCAGUGUUACACCUGCUACACUAACUCCUAAUUGCACUAUGACAUCAACUGCUACCCCUUCAAAACCAGCAUCAAUAACUGUGACAACUACGACCAUCAUUUCUACGACAACAGAAAAAACUAUUCAAACAACAACUGCAGUGACCGUGAAACCUGCUACAACUAAUACUUCAGCAACAACAGUACUUGAACCAGCCACUUUUGUGGCUACUAUGGCACAGGCUCCUACAGCAACCACCAUGGUGUCAUACACAUCUACAACAACAAUAGUGGAAAGUGCAAGACUUCCUUCUUCAGCAGCUACUGCAGAAACAACAAUCACUGUGAGAAUGACAACAAUUAUUGAAGCACGUAUAUCUGGAAACACAUCUUCAGGAGGAUUGAGCCACAAGACAAGUUUCUACACUGCUUCCUGCCUCAUGUUGUUGACAUGGCUAUUUGCAAACCAUCAAUAGCUAAUUUACAUUUGAAAUACAAGUGCAGGAAAACAAUUACAUUUAUUCCAUUGUUAUCAAAAAUGCAGCAUCCUUGAAUGGCUUAACUGUUGCGUGAAACAUCAUGAAAAUCUAGCCUUGCAUUAACAGACACAGUGGUAUAUCUGGGGGGCAUUUCUGUCUUUUAUUCCUGUAUUUUAAAAUUACCAUUACCUAUGUUUAAGUGCAGUUCGUCUUUGUUUUGGAAAAUGUAAACUGUGAUGCUUAUGAAACAGACAGUUGUUACUCUAACUAAUAAAAGUCCUUCUCUCAUUUGAUGAACCAAAAGAUGAUUUAAAUUAGACAGCAUUCAAAAACGUAGUUAUUUUCACCAUAAAUGCUUAGUUACAGUAUAUUAAAAUUACUGGAGAGUUUUCCCCCAACUGAUGUAUUAAAAGCUACCAUCGGAUGACUCUUACAGCACACAAAAAUGAAAUUUCCUGCUCCUCACUUCAUAAUAAAAUAAUCACCAAAGCAAUGGAGGUCUUAUCUUUGUAAAUUCACGUCUGACAAGUUGUUAUCAUAGCAUAGUGAUAUUUGACUCCUGUCUGGGCCUUGACUCCCAUGUAAAAUCUUUGUGUCGUUCCUGUUUCUAUCAUUUAAGAAACAUCUUUAAACUGCGACAUGUGGUCUGUUCAGCUGAACUGGAAAAACUCAUUCAUGCAUUUGUGUCAUCAUGCUUAGAUUACUGUAAGUCCCUGUUUACUAGCUUGGAUAUCUCUCUCUCGCCUCCAGGCAAUACAAAACGCAGCAGCCAGACAAACUCGUUCUACCAAGCGUGCCCACAUUAUUCCCGUCUUAUAUUCUUUACAUUGGCUUCCAAUAGAGUUUAGAAUUUGCUUUAAAAUUCUUGUUUUAACAUACAGAGCACUAAAUGGCCAGGCCCCAGAUUAUUUAUCCAAGCUUCUUAAAAAAAUAAAGUAAAAUAAAAAUAAAAUACACUGCCGCUCGUCAUCUCCGCUCACAGACUCAGAGUCUGUUGGUUGUUCCCCGUACACGAAUGAAGACAAAAGGGGACAGAGCCUUUCAGUCUGUUGCACCAAGGCUGUGGAAUAGUUUACCACUACAAUUAUGUUUGCUUGACUCUGUGGAUUGUUUUAAAAAGCAAUUAAAAACGUUUAUGUUCAAACAAGCCUUUUGCUGA